UGUUGUCAUACUCUACUUUAGUCUAUUAAUUAGGCUUAUGUUAUGCCCUCAGCCAGGAUGUGAUCAUCGCUCUCAGUGCGCGAGACGAGAGAAAAGGGGGAGGGAGGUGGGAGGGGCUGACGUUGGUAAGGGUGCCGAGUUUAGCACUUUGCAAUAUGAUCCGCGCUCACGACGGAGAGGCCGGGCUCUGCGGUCCUACGUCCUGCCGUCCCACCGCACCACAUGGAGACUGGGUAGAGCCACAUUGAACGGGGAAUGACAAAGAAAGAAGGUGGACCAUCGUCCUCUGUCGGCUGGCUAUAUGAACCCGCACAGCAUCAGCAAAAGGCAAAGCAAAGGCAAACACAGAGAUGAGGGUGACGGGAAGUGCUGCUGAUGCUUAUUUCGGUCUGCGUCAAACCUCCAGCUCCUUAAGAAGAUAAUGCCCUCGGUGCCUCUUACAGGACUUUCUAGGUUUAUUAUUUGUGUGCCGCAGGGGUCCAUGUUAGUAUUUCGGGGUAAACACCCAGCAGGGACAGUGAUGGUCACAACGUCUCCAGCAACCUCCCAGUCACUCUCAGCAUCUGCAUUGUAAGGAGAAACUCGUCCUGGGGGAGUGGGCUUGUGAAGGAAUAGGCUAUGCAGAGAUAAAAACAACAUUUGUGUUGUUGUUGCAUACAAACCAGACAUAGCCAUAAUUGGAUUAUCGGGUGUUGUUGUUUGUCAACAUGAACUCUCUGUUCUUCUCCGACACUCCGCCCGGCUCGGCCUGCAACGUCCCCACCGGGUCGGGCGCAGUGACCAGCGCCCUGCGGAAUGACCUGGGCUCCAACAUCCAUGUGCUGAAAACACUCAACCUGCGCUUCCGCUGCUUCCUUGCCAAAGUCCACGAACUUGAGAGGAGAAACAAACUGCUGGAGAGCCAGCUGCAGCAAGCUCUGCUGAAAACGCAGUACCGCCACCUUUACGCCCGUGAAGUUGCAGUGCAGACGGACGGUCCCGAUUCGCGAUUACCGGGCACCAUCUGGAGUUAUACCCAUGUCCGGAGGCAAGGGGAGCGCUUUGAGACCCUGCGAGGGCCCGGGGUGACGUGGACGCAUCCGGACGGAGUUGGGGUCCAAAUAGACACCAUUACCCCAGAACUGAGGGCUUUGUAUAACGUGUUGGCCAAAGUCAAGCGGGAGAGGGACGAGUAUAGGAGAAAAUGGGAGGAGGAGCUGUCCAAGCGAGAGCAGCUGGAGUCCACGGUGGAAACUAUGCAGCAGAGCGCCCAGGAGUCAACCGAGGUCCAGGAUGAGCUGAGCGAGAAGGUGGACAGACUGAAGGCUGAACUCGUGGUCUUCAAGAGUCUGAUGACUGAUCAAAUGUCCGACCUGGACACCAAGAUCCAGGAGAAAGCCAGGCGGGUGGACAUGGACAUCUGCAGGCGGAUCGACAUCACGGCCAAACUGUGCGAUGUGGCUCAGCAACGCAACUCAGAAGACAUGUCGAAGAUGUUCACCAUCAGUCCGGCCCGCUCGCUCCCGGAGAGGGGUGCCGGAGCCUGCUGCAGGAGAAAAGAACGUAAAGCCGUGUCUGAUGAGGAGAGUUCAGAGAUGGAUGCCGAGCCCAGCCCUUCGGAGGAGGAGGACGUCCCAGGGUCGCUCAACAUCACGGAUGAAAUGAAACGCAUGCUCAACCAGCUACAUUGUUCAGAUAACUCAUUUGUUGCCAGGCGCGAGACAUUCGAAAUUGACGACGACUGCGACAGUCUGACGUGGGAGGAAAACGAGGAGACUCUGUUGCUGUGGGAGGACUUCGCAAACUACAACGUGCCGUGCACCGUCGUCGCAACUCCCGGCACAACCGCCAGCUCCUCCAAUGGAAACGGUGAAGCCGCUGAGCCUGACUCCCAGGAUGGAAGUCUCGGCAGCCUGAUUGAUGAAACAGAGUCACUAUUUAAGACCAGAGAGCAGGAGUACCAGGAGAGCAUCGGCCAGAUCGAGAUGGAAUUGGCCACAGCAAAGAGUGACAUGAACAGACAUCUAUACGAGUACAUGGAGAUGUGCAGCAUGAAGAGAGGCAUGGACGUGCAGAUGGAGACCUGUCGGCGGAUGAUUAAAGGCGGCGGGAACUCUCCCUCUGCCAGCUCUGUGGCCAGCAGCGACUCAGGGAACACAGACGAGAUCCAGGACGAGAUCUUGGACAAGGACGCAGAGCCUGAAGUCCCCGCUAGUUGAUGGAAACAUCGCCGGGCUUUGUCCCAUAUCUUCCUGAAUGCCCCUCAUCGUCACAGGGGUCAAAUGUGUAUAGAGCUCCACCCUGCUUGGGAGGUGGAGCAACCUAAAUCUUGGCCUGUUUGACCUGUUAAAGUUCUGACGGUCCUGCUCACUGAUGCAGUCCCAGAACCGGUGCUUUUACACUAUUUCUGUUGUUUAGGAAGUGGUCGGUGGGUGGGUGGGUGGGGAGGGGCGUCUUCGCUUCACAAAGAGAACGGGUGCAAAUAGAGUCUGAGCUGUGCCCUCUUCCUCACUGCUGCCUCGCUGGAUCCUUGUCCAGAGCUUCACUUCAUUUUAGCGGAGAGAAAGAAAAAUUCUCUUAUAUUUUAAACUGGCUGAGAUGUAUUUUUUGUACAAGUUCUUACCCUAAUAAUGUCCUUUUAUUCUAAAGGAAUUCAAAAUAGUACAUAUUGUGCUCCUCCACAUAGCAUUCACAAACACACAUCCAUCUUUACAUAUUUACUUUCUAAUACUUUAUUUAGAUUGAAUUAUGUCUGUGCAUUGGAACACAAUUUAGUUUUUGUUUGCAGUCCAAAUGAAACAGUUGGGGGUUGAAGUGUCUUCUGCCAAGGAGACAAAACAAGGAGUGGAGACAAAUGGUGUUGGAGUUCUGGUGGUUUCUGAGGGAACUCUGCAGAGCUGCCAAAGUUGAGAGAGGAAAGGAGCACAGUCUUUUGAUGCAUCAGUGCACUACUGAAGUUCUAUGCAAUUUAGCUGGCCUUAUUUUUGGACUGGCUUUUACCGUUGCUCGUUUUCUUCAAACUAAUACGAUUAGCCUUUAAAGCAAAGCAGGUGUUUUCUAUGUAUCAUUUUGAGAACUCUUUUUUUUUUUGUGUGUGUGUGUGUGUGUGUGUUUGAGAGUGAAAUGAUCUGAGUAUGGAACAUUUGUUUUUGUUUUCAUGAACAUCAACAGUAGAAACUGGAACAGUGCCCCCUCAACAAGAGACUAACAUCUUCCUUUAUUUGUAUAAUCGUUAACAUCAGAUGCACUGAUUCUCUUACACUUAGGUGGAAAAUCAGGAUAUUUUAUUUCAAAUGGGUAAAAUCCUAAUUUAUAUCAAAUAAAUCAAAUGAAAGUUAUCAAAGCCAAACAAUGCCCUCCAACAUCUUAAGCAAAACCAAAGGAUACUUUUUGAAAAGCUUCCCUUUCACAUAAUCUUAGAUUAAAUCUUACAUCUUAUUAUUUUAUCGAUUUAAAUAUUUAUUUUUCUGUGUUUUCAUUACGAGCCGCCACCUGCUGUCCUGCAGGGGACUCUGUUCCAGACAGGUUGCGCAUCCUGAUUUUUGCUCUUCUGAAUCGGGGCUCAAAGUGUCAGACUGUACAUAGCGAGGUGUAGGCAUGUGAUCGUAUACCCCAGAGGCCUUUUUAUUCAUAUUAAGUCUCUUUGCAACAGAUUGAGAUGUCUCACAAUUUCAUUUUCAGUGCUCUCACCGGAUUAGCAUAGAAACCGAUUGACGCAUGGGGACAGAAGGGAUCUUUUUAUCACCUUUGUAGUAUAACGUAUGUACGGUUUGCUGGAUCAAAGUUUAAGUGCUACUUCUAUGUUGAAGUUCUACAGAAGCAGAAUAUUAAAACGCAGGCCUUUUGUUAUUUCAGCAUGUUUGUGUGGAGAAAGGGAGCUAUGGGUCUCUUUUCUUUUUUUAAAUACAUUUUUCCUUUUAAACUAAAUAGCUGCAAUGCAGACUGUGCGUCAAGCCUGAUCAUUAAUAAUUUUAUUUGUGGCAUACAAUGUAUUUUUCACUGUUUUGUAAUCAUUCUAUGUUAACCAAAAAGUGUGUUAUUGUCGCCAUAUUCUGCUUUUAUUAAUCUUGCAGGAUUAUUAAACUUUCGGUCAAUUAUUGACCAUAUCAGAUCUCCAAUAAUAAAAACUAAUGACAUAAAACAGCAGUUAGGAAGUGUGUUACUCCUUAGAUCCUUCAUAUCCUUUGAUGUUUGAGUUGAUGUAAAACCAGCCUGAUAAGUAAUAAAGAGCCAUUCUUUUAUUGCUGCUGUACUUUGUAUUGACAUCAAACGCUUCAUGUAUUGUUUGAAUGGCUGUAACAUCCAGAAACAGCAGGCCUGACAACACAGUUCGCUCUUCCUUGUUUCGAUUGUAGCCCUCACCACACCGUCACACUAACCAGCCAACCAAAGCAAAGUGUACAGUAACAUGACAGAUGUAAAUCAAGCUAUGAAUCCUACUAACUCUGGAAAAUCUCAGUCUCAGUCUUCGUCCACGCACACACGUGUUUUAAAAAAUUCUUCAAACUACGAGCCAUUACGUUAAGUGUAUCAUCUCCAUUUUCUUCUCUUGAAGCAGGUCGAAGUCAAACAACAUCCAGUCGAUAAAACUGAAGCAACGAAUGUAGCUUGAUUGGAGGCAUCCUCUAAAGACCUUACGUUGUAAAAGCUGAGCAAAAUAAAUGUAGCUGUUUGAAUCCAGGGAUAUACAGCGUGCUGUUAUUGGAGACUUUGGUAUGUUUUGCUUUACUAAACGGGUUCUUAACUGACCAACUUACAGUGUGUGACCUAGAUGUAUGUAAAUUAGGUCCGGGUGUAGUGAAUGUUUCAUACUAAAAUGGGUUUUAUAUGAUUGGUUUUUAUCAGGCUGUACUGGGAUUAUAUGGCUGUGUUAACUGUCGUGUCAAAAUACAGUUUAAGGCUUUCAUUGGCAUACCUGUUUGCUGUUAAUUAUCCUUAUUUCUUAUAUUUAAUUUCAUCAACAUGAUGGGGAGAUAAAGGUGCAGCAAUACUUGUGGCCAUAUUUGGGUAAAAUCUACUGAACUGUAUUGGAUGCUGGUCUUUGUGUUUCAUUUGCAUCGCAGGAAGCAUCCUGAUUUGUCUGCUUUAAUUUAAUUGCUUUUCAUUUAAAUUUUAUUAUUUUGUUUAAACUAUUGAUUCAAUGUAUUCAUGUGGGUCUGGGGCAGAUCGUUUCAAAAUUAUGAAUGUACUCAAUUGAUAUUGGGGCAACAACGAAAUAAAAUGGUGGAUUGGAUAAAAACCUAAA